CCGGGAUGGCGAUGUUCCGCAGCCUGGUGGCCUCGGCGCAGCAAAGGCAGCCGCCGGCCGGGCCUGCGGGCGGUGACAGCGGCCUGGAGGCGCAGUUCAGCUGCCCCAUCUGCCUGGAAGUGUACCACCGGCCCGUGGCCAUCGGCAGCUGCGGCCACACGUUCUGUGGGGAGUGUCUCCAGCCGUGUCUGCAGGUGCCGUCUCCUCUGUGCCCGCUCUGCCGCCUGCCCUUUGACCCCAAGAAAGUGGACAAGGCCUCCCAUGUGGAGAAGCAACUCUCAUCAUACAAGGCACCCUGCCGGGGUUGCAACAAGAAGGUGACACUUGCGAAGAUGAGAGUGCACAUUUCUUCCUGCCUGAAGGUCCAGGAGCAGAUGGCUAACUGCCCCAAGUUUGUCCCCGUGGUACCCACAUCUCAGCCCAUUCCCAGCAACAUCCCCAACAGGUCUACCUUUGCCUGCCCUUACUGCGGUGCCCGCAACCUGGACCAGCAGGAGCUUGUGAAGCACUGUGUGGAGAGCCACCGCAGUGACCCCAACCGUGUGGUUUGCCCCAUCUGUUCGGCGAUGCCUUGGGGAGAUCCAAGCUACAAGAGCGCCAACUUCUUACAGCACCUGCUGCACAGGCACAAGUUCUCCUAUGACACUUUCGUGGACUACAGCAUCGAUGAAGAAGCCGCCUUCCAGGCUGCCCUGGCUCUGUCCCUCUCUGAAAACUGAGGCACAGCCCAAUCACCUGCUCCAAUCCUGGGGUCAAAGACAUCCUCUCGCCUUGAGGGGCAGAACUGUUGCCCUCCUGCCCCAGCACCUGGACAGGAGCGUGCCUCCCUAUCUGGGUGGAGUCUCAUGUGAGAAGAGCUGGUCCUGGAGCCCUGGAGGCCAGGAUGCUGGCUGGCCAGCCACUUGUCAUCAGCAGGGCUACCUGUGUCCUGGCCAGUGGCACUGGGUCAUCGGUGCUUUGAGGGGGCAAGGUGCUGGCCUUUGGAUUAGAGCAGUCAUCUGCCUCCUCCCAGCCAUGGUGUCCUCAUGUGGAGUAGGAUGGGGUACCCUGAGCUGGACCCCUGCAGGACCACAGGAGGGGUGCCCGGCUCCCCUGGCUUCGCUUCCACCGUGCACAUUUGGUACUGGCUUUUGUGAUACUUAGGAACCCUGCGUUUUUCUAUCUUCCCCUGUGUGAUAAUCUUUUCACGUUUUAUAGAGCAAAGACACGCAGUUCUCUUCAUAUUGCGAUCUCUGUGUUUGACUAGGAAGAAUAGUAUUUUUAUGAAGCAUUUACAAAUUAUAUUUUUUAAAAAAAACAAUCAAAAAUAAACGUGUGGGAUCGGUGCAAAAAGGAAAGGCGUGACAGCACAGACCACAGGAUGAGCAGGGUUUCCCCUGUGUGGGACAGAGGUGUUGCUCCCGGGUAACUUCCUGUUUAUGGGGCUCUUGUGUGCUGGUUUCUUUGUGUUGAUGACCUGAAGAAAUCCCAGCACUCUCAGCCACUUUCUGUGGCUGCUCCCAGCAGGUACAGAGCAGCCCAGUCAGGACAAGCGUCUCUUCCACCACAGGAAUUGUCCUCAACCCACUGUCACCUUCCAGAGCCAAUCAUGUCUUGCCUCAGGCAGGAACUGUCCCUAACAGUGGCAGAGCCCUUGGGGAUCCAGAUGUGGGUCUGCUUGGUGACAGGUCAGGCCAGAAAACAUUUGUUAGCACUCUUGUUCUAUUCAUGGCAUAAAGUAUUGCUGUCUUUUCAAAAAAGUUUAAAUAAAAUGUUUCUGAGCAUCUGCA